AUGCAAAAGUCUAAUUACUUUAUCGCAGAGCGUUGCAAAAAGGGAUACUCGGAACGGCGUAAAGCAGCUUUAGCAGAUUUUCUGCAUUGGGCCAAUAUGGUUGGAAUUUCUCAUUGUUUCGUAGAAAUUGCAUAUGAAGAAAAUAUGGAUGGAUUUGGUUUGAUAAGUUCAGAUUAUGCUCCGGUUGGGUCAGAGUUGUUAAGAGUACCUCGAAAGGCAAUCUUCUCAUUAGACCAGGCUCGACGAUCGUCUUUCUUAAAGUAA